AUGACCGCACCGAAAAAGGUCCAUUUCCCAUCUUUCAUGCUUGAUAUUGCGGGCGAGCUCUACAGCCCAGCUCCGGCAUCCGAAGACCGUAAGGGGGCCGCGGUGGUCAUCAGCCAUCCCAUGACGGGCGUGAAGGAGCAAACAGCUGCGGAUCAUGCUCGCCUCCUAGCACGAGCGGGCUUCUACGCCCUCACGUUCGACGCGGGCUAUCAGGGCGAGAGCACCGGAGUGCCCCGGGGCCUGGAGGAUCCGCACCAGCGUGUAGAGGACAACAAAGCCGCCGUCAGCUACCUAACCACCUUGAAAGGUCAGGUCGAUCCAGAGCGCAUUGGUGUCCUGGGCAUCUGCGCUUCCGGAGGGUACAGUUCCUACGCGGCCCAGUCGGAUGGACGGAUCAAGGCGCUCGCCACCGUCAGCGCAGCCUGCGUCGGUCGCAUGACGCGAAACGGCGGCCUGCAUAGGGAGAACGAUAAAGAGAACCUGCAGGCCGUUGCUGCGGCUUUGCAGGGCGCAGGUCAAUGGCGCACGAAGGAGGCUAAUGGCGACCACAGCGAGGCGCCGCCCAUGUUCUCCACUGAUAUCUCGUCCAUUCCGGCUGACGCAGACUCGUUCUUCAAAGAUGCCGCGGCGUACUAUGGCUCGAAGCGCGGCCGUCACGAGCGUUCAGAUCAGAGGGUGCCGCCCAUGAGCUAUGAUCUGAUGGUCAGCUACGACAGCUUCAACUUCCAACAUCUGAUCUCUCCGCGACCACUCCUCAUGAUUGCGGGCACUGAGGCACAGACGCUCCAUUUCAGCGAGGCGGCCGUCAACGCCGCGCGGGAGCCGAAAGAGCUCUUCACCGUCGCGGGCAGGAACCAUUUCGAGCUCUACGACGACCUGGAAAAGUCCGGCCCGAAAUUGGUCGAGUUUUUUGGCCGGUAUCUCUGUCGUGAGGAUGCUUAA